GUGCCUCAGUUUCCCUAGGUUGUCAUCUUUAUUUAUCUUUGUAUUUUUAUGUUUGCCAAAUGCCAAUCUGUUCUGUGAUAACUGUUUCUAAGAUAGUUGGUGGAAGCAAUUUUUAUGGUAUGAACUUAUUGCAGUCAAUGGUAUUAUCCUGUUGCUGCUAUGUCUAUCCUGUAUAAUUACAUUAGUAACCAGAAUAGUUCAGUGGUCCCUAUCAAAAUAUUGCAUACAGAAAAUGCUAUUAAAAUGAUGAUUCUUCAGAGAAAAGACUGGAAUGUAUUAAAGAGGGAUGAUCUUGAUUGUGAACUUGAUAAACAAUGUAUAGAUAUAUUAACUGAUUUUGAAAAGUGUGUAAGUUCUUCAUAGAAAUGUGAUAAAAAUCAUUUACAUAUUAGAAGGGGGGAGCUGUGGGGAAUAGAUAAGGUGAAGAACUUACAGGAAUGUAUGAAUUCUUUUUCUGUAUUUUAUUAUUUCUGUGUCUCCCCUAUGACCUGUAUAUGUGCAGGCUCAUAUCUACUUGAGCCUUGGCCAGCUAGAAACAUAUUUACUUAACCUGAACUGAUGACAUUUAUUGGUAUUUGACAUUUAUCAAUAUUUAGUCUAUUAGCUGGACCACUGUCUGCUUGAUUAAGCCUGAAGGCCUGACUUUGUUUCCCAGAAAUCAGGAGAUUUCAGGGAAAUAGAAACCUUCCAUUCCAAUCUCCCCAACUAGCAACAACCAAUUAGAUGCCUCCCCCUCCCCUUCUCAAUGCUCUCUUACUUGUGAUGUAAUUUCUUGUAUAAAAGCUAUGUAUUUUUACUACUUCUUUAGCCCUCCUACCGCGAGCUUAUCUUGCGAUGGGACGGCUCAUCCUCCGGAGGUUUUUCAAUAAACAACUUUUCUGCCUUCUACUGAGGGAUCUCUGAGUAGUCAUUUUGGGUAAGGGUCUUCUACAUCCCUCACAUUCUUGAGCUCUGUCCCUUUCUGUGUUUCUAACCUCUGUCCUACAUCGCAAGGACCUAGAAGGGUCACAAGCCUUUAGCGUCUUCCUCUUCAUCCCCUCAAGGAGAAGACCAUGCUUCAGACGGAGAGGAAAUGUAGCUCCAGAUUCUUCCACAGAAACUGGGACCUUCGGCAGCUGCCGCUGUCAGUUCGGCCCGUGCUCUUAGAGGCUGAGCUGAAAUUGACUCUGGAGGUCUUGAAAGCCGUAACCAAGCCGGAGUUGGACAGCGUUCUGGCUCAGCCCCUACAAACGCUCAGCCACAUCCACCAAGAGAUCCAAAGCUGUGUGACUUCCAGCCCUCUAAAGAACACAGGCUUCCAGGACGCCUGAAGAAUUGGCUGAACAAAUUCAGUGAGGCCAGAAAGGAGCCUCACAAUUGCCUCGAAGCAUCCAUCAUGCUCAAUCUCUUCCGACUCUUGAUCCAAGACCUCCGAUGUGUAGCCUAUGGGGACC